UGCUUUAUCAGUAUGAAUUUUCAUGUAAACUGCUUUUGUUGGUCCUUCGAAUUAUGCAAAUAACAAAUUAGGUAUAAAUUACAGAUAAAUAUCGUUACUUGCAGUCAACAGAACAAUGUUGUUAUGCGUGUUUCUUGUUCUCCUGCUUCUGAAUUACGUGCAUACUUCACAAGGUGUCCAGGUGUCUACACCUCUUGGUCAAAUUGUAGGAACAACACUAACGACUCGUUUAGGCAAAACUAUCUAUGCGUUUCGAGGAAUCCGGUAUGGGAAACCACCGAUUAAUGAACUCCGUUUUAAACCUCCACAACCCGCUGAACCAUGGUCCGGAAUCUACAACGCUGUUAACGAUGCACCGGUUUGCCCACAACCUGGUAUUACACCCGUUUCGGAGGACUGUCUAUUUCUCAAUGUCUACACAACCAAGCUCCCCACUGGAGGAAACAACCCUAAACGUCCAGUAAUAAUACAUCUGCACGCUGGAGGGUUUUAUAGUGUCACUGGUCGCAGCAACUGGGCAGGGCCGCAAUACUUCAUGGAUCAAGAUAUAGUUAUGGUAACUUUAAAUUAUCGGUUAGCUACGUUGGGUUUUAUUAGUGUUGGUGAAGAAGCACCUGGAAAUAACGGACUAAGAGAUCAAGUAAUAGCAAUGAAGUGGGUUCAGAAAAAUAUAGCAUCAUUUGGUGGAGAUCCAAAUUCUGUUACUCUCUAUGGAUACAGUGCAGGUGCUUGGAGUAUCACUCUCCAUAUGGUUUCUCCAAUGUCGCGUGGUUUGUUCCACAAAGCUAUUCUUGGCAGCGGAUCUGCACUGGGACAUUGGCCUUUGCCUAGACAUCAGCUGGACUUAGCUAAAAAACAGGCUAGAAUUGUAGGGUGUCCAGAUGAUAAUGCAACGGUGAUAAUAGAUUGUCUCAGAAAAACACCUGCAGAAGAACUAGGAAACUCUUUCUUCCAGUUUGCUGAAUUUGGUACCGAUCCUAUACUUAUUUGGUCACCAGUUAUUGAAGGAGAUUUCGGACAAGAACAAUUUCUUCCAGACAAUCCAAUUAAAUUAAUUAAAAGUGGAAAAUUUGAACAAGUUCCUGUAAUAGCAGGAAUUACCAAAGAUGAGUUUGCUCAAAGAGCUUUUCCAAUAUUAACUAAUGCUAGUUUAUUGCAACAAGUCAACAACGAUUUUGAAACAUACGCACCAAUUAUGUUUAUUUACGAAAGGGGAACCUGUAAGUCAAAGGAAGUCAGUAAAAGUGUACGUCAGUUUUAUUUUGGUGUCGAUCCGAUAACGAAUGCAUCAUUGCAAAAUUUAGAAAAUGCAUACUCUGAUUCCAUUGUUGGGUUUCCAGCUAACAGAGCUGUUGAUUUAAUAUCUACCUACAGCAGUAAGCCUGUAUACUAUUACCAGUUUACCUAUCAAGGACGAUAUAGUCAUUUCUACCUUCCUGACUCUAACGGAACUAUACCAAACGGUGUGGCUCAUCAUGACGAUUUAAUUUAUUUGUUCUACAUUUCUCCACUGUUUCCAUUUUUCAAUUCUAGCUUUCCAGAAAGUAAAAUGGUAGAAACACUAUCUUCCCUUUGGGCUAAUUUUGCUGCUACAGGUGAUCCCACUGACUGCAGCCUUAGCGAAAACAUUGGCGACAUUGAAUGGACACCGUAUGACACAAUCACAAAAAAAUACUUGGAAAUUGGAGAAAAACUGACUGUUAAAGAAAAAUUGUUCGAGGAUAGAUACUCAUUUUGGAGGAAUUUAUAUCCACUUUCUUCGAAGUUAUAGAUUUUACUUAAUUAAGCCUGUUUGCGAAGAUUUUACACUUUGAAGAUAAAGAUUUAAGUGAACAUCUGUACUAAUUAAAAAAAUACAAUAAAUUCUUGUAGAGCAAAUUAUAAAGACUUAAUUUCAUUUCGUUCUUAUUUUGUAGCUGGCAGUCUAAAAAUUACAAAAACGUAUUUUUUGUCGGAAUUACUAAAGCAACUACUGUUUGUCAGAUAGAAAACCAGAAUGUUAAUUUUUUUAGUCCUUUUUACUUACAACGAUAAUAACAGAUGAAUGAUGAAAAUAGUAUAUUAUUAGCCAAGGUUGCAAAGCCAGGCAUUCUAGACCGAGCGCAAAUUAAAACCCGAGACGCGCAGCAUCGAGGGCUCUGAAGCGCGUGGUUAAUAUACUAUUUUUUUCACUAGUAGAAACCAUACGACAAUAAAUUGAAAAAAUAAACGUUCAAUUUUUUGACGCAAUAUGAUUUUGUUUUGAUUUCUAAUAAAACUUAAUCUAAAUCUUCAAUACAAAGAAAACCGUUUACACUUGUCGCUGAAUUAAUCAUUUUAUCUUCUACCGUCUACGAACUACCAUGCGUAUACUCAAGUAAUGUUAGUAGCACACAUUUAUUCAUUUUUUAAGAAAUUAGCACAUCAAGUAUUGCGUACAUAACCUCAAUCUUCUUUUUGAACCCGUGACAGAAUUUACUAUACACCAAUCAAAGCAUUCAACAGUCCACAUAUAAGACGCAAUCUUUACCCAAAUAUGGGCAGAAUUUACUGACCGCCAAUCAGAACACUUCAAUUAAAAGCUAAAAUGACCUGGAUUCAGGGUCGUCACCAGCAUUAACUCUGUUUAGUACGACCGUUUCAUUACCUGGCUGAUCUGAUAGCCGAAAAAAACAUAGGGGACAUAUUCCUUAACCAAUUCUAACGGCGUUACAUCUAUCUGAUUCAACCGUUUGCUUGGUUGGCCACGAUAUCCACUUCCACUCUCAGGCAAAAGUAGCCCCGAAAACUUGCUCAAGGCACCAAUGCCAAAAAUGCAUUAAGAAAAUCUGUAUAUAAUAAUUGUAUUAUUUAAAAGAAAUUGUUUUUAUAAAAUUGUUGUUAGUCACCAUUACGGGCAUAUAAAAAAAAAUGGUCGAAAUUGGUGGAAUUUGGACAAAACCCUCGCCCGGAACGGAAAGUCAAAACAUUCUCAAAUUUAACUUGGAGAAUUUUCUUUUCUUUUGACGAUGAGCUAAAAUUAAUAUAUGCGUGGAUGAUUAAAGUACAGGUAAAGAAGCAUCGUUUUUAGUGCCUUUUAUAUUAUUAAAUAAAUAUUAUAUUAUAAAUUAUGACGUCAUCAACAUUUUAACAAGGACACGUAUCCGGAAAAUGGGAUGGACAAUGAAACAUGUCGCUCUAUUCAUUAUUUUUUUUAAUCACCUGGCAUAAGUAUUUCAAAAAAAUAUGAAUACAUUGAUAAACUACAAGUAACUUUUAAUACUGUGCUUAUUUAGGUUUAUUCGGUGAAAAUUUGAGAUAUCAUCAUUUUUUUUCGGGAGGGGAUAAAUGAACAAAUUUUGAUUAACGACUUACCAAGCUUACGAUAGUCGUAAAAUGUUUGCAAGGCCUCAUCAAAGCAUUCGGUUUUGCAAUUCCAAUAUUAAAUUGCAAAAUGUUACACAAUUUUGAUUUUUUAAUAACCCAAUAGAUGGAUUCAUAAAUCACACAUGCAGGAAUAAGUUAUUUUAAUUAAAUUUAAAUAACAUUUAUUCGGCAAAAUUGAAAGAUGUAAUUGUAAAUGAACGAUUUAUUAUGUUUCCGAUAAACCUAAAACGUUUGCAAGCUCCCAGAGUAUUCGGUUUUGUAAUUUCAAAGUUGAAUUUUAAAAUGUUAUACAAUUUUGAUUUUUUUACAAAAGCCUAGGGCAGAAACUCAGCACGAUUUUUUUUUAGAAAAUUUAAAUAACGCUUAAUAUUUUAAAAGUUGGAGAUGACGUCACAGAUGAUCAGACAAAUUUUGGUCUAUUCCUAAUAUACGUACAAAAUUUGACAACAAUCGGUCUGAUAGUUUCGGAGAUAAUUUGUCUAAUAAAAUUUGACACAGACGCGGGCAGACGGCAGACAAAGACCUAUUUUUUCGUACUGUAGGGGUCAUGAAACGUCAAGACAACAUGAAAGCAGCAAGUCCAAUGGACUCGAUUACAAUACUUCCUUAGCUUACGCUGU